GCCCGUCCAAAUACAGAGCAGAGAGCAGAGAGUAGAGAGUAGAGAGUAGAGAGAGUGUAGAUGCUUUGUUUGUAGAUCCGAAUAAGAAAGAGAAGUAGAAGAAGAAUUAUAGGUGGGAAGGACUCCUUCAAUUCAAUUUCAUCAUUCAAUAUAUCUAAGAAAACUCUUUGACUAAGCUAUUACUUUCCCUUUUUUCCAUUUCUUGGAACUAUAAGCUUCUCUACUUUCAGAUUCAAUAAAUCUUUGCAGAACAGGUAGUAAAACUCACCAUGUACAAGCAGUCACCUAGUAGGAACCAUAGAUCCAAAGGUGUCAAGGUUAAGAAUGUUUUACAAAUCUGUCUGUUGGUUGCUGUUUGCUUUUGGCUGAUUUACCAGGUCAAGCACUCACAUGAUAAAAAGAAAGAAUUUGAUGAAGAUGAUGCCAAGUCUUCAAUUAAGAGUGGAAGUAGCAAUGAACUUAUGAAACUUGGAAGGAAAGAUCUACCACGGAUUGAGGGAUUAGAUACAGUUGAUGAGAAGCAUAGGGAGGAACCAGAAGAUGAAACAGUGGAAGAAGAAGAAGAAGGGAAUAAGCCUGAGGAAGAAGAUCUAGAAGAGAACAAUACUAAAGAGAAGAAUGGAGAAGAUGAGGUUGAUGAUCAUGAUCAAGAGAAGAAUGAUGAACGCAGAGAAGAUGGAGAAGAUGAUCAUGAUCAAGAGAAGAAUGAUGAACACAGAGAAGAUGGAGAAGAUGAGGUCGAUGAUCAUGAUCAAGAGAAGAAUGAUGAACGCAGAGAAGAUGGAGAAGAUGAUCAUGAUCAAGAGAAGAAUGAUGAACACAGAGAAGAUGGAGAAGAUGAGGUCGAUGAUCAUGAUCAAGAGAAGAAUGAUGAACGCAGAGAAGAUGGAGAAGAUGAUCAUGAUCAAGAGAAGAAUGAUGAACACAGAGAAGAUGGAGAAGAUGAGGUCGAUGAUCAUGAUCAAGAGAAGAAUGAUGAACGCAGAGAAGAUGGAGAAGAUGAUCAUGAUCAAGAGAAGAAUGAUGAACACAGAGAAGAUGGAGAAGAUGAGGUCGAUGAUCAUGAUCAAGAGAAGAAUGAUGAACGCAGAGAAGAUGGAGAAGAUGAUCAUGAUCAAGAGAAGAAUGAUGAACACAGAGAAGAUGGAGAAGAUGAGGUCGAUGAUCAUGAUCAAGAGAAGAAUGAUGAACGCAGAGAAGAUGGAGAAGAUGAUCAUGAUCAAGAGAAGAAUGAUGAACACAGAGAAGAUGGAGAAGAUGAGGUCGAUGAUCAUGAUCAAGAGAAGAAUGAUGAACGCAGAGAAGAUGGAGAAGAUGAUCAUGAUCAAGAGAAGAAUGAUGAACACAGAGAAGAUGGAGAAGAUGAGGUCGAUGAUCAUGAUCAAGAGAAGAAUGAUGAACGCAGAGAAGAUGAGAUCGAUGAUCAUGAUCAUGAGAAGUCUGAUGUAGAGCGUGAUCAAGAAGUGGAUGCUGUUGAUGAAGACAAGGAACGAGGAGAAGAUAACGAGAAGGAAACUGAAGUGAAUGAUAGUCAGGUGGAGGAAGAAAAUUCAUUGGAGGACCAUGAUCACGACGAGGACUCAAGCAGUUCACAUGAGGCACGUGAAGAACAUUAUAAAGCAGAUGAUGCUUCAAGUGCAGUGACUCAUGAUACAGUUGUAACUACAACUGAAAAUGAGAGUGGUAAGGUAGAGCAAGAAGUAGAACAUGCUGCUGAAGCCAAGAGUGAAGAUGGUGUUAAUAACAUUAUGCAGAUCAAUGCCAGCAAAAAUACAACAGCGGCUUUGAAGGAGGAAAAUGGUAAAGCAGAUGAGGAAGACAGUCCUCCAAACACAACAAACAGUGAAGAGAAGCAUGAUGACCCAAUCUUAUCCACUGCUGCAGACAAUUCAGUUUCAAAUUCCACAAGAACAGAAGGAUUGACUGAUAAUUCUGAAUCGAGAACCUACUCGACAGAACUGAGCACACAGACUCAUGACCUUCUACAGAAUGGCACCCAGGCCACAGUAGGGGAUACAACGUCUUCCAACAUGUCAACUAGUACUUCACAGCAAAGCAGCAACUCUGCAGAUACGGUGGAUGACAAUCAAAUUGAUUCUAAUUUAACAUUUUCCUCUAAAAACGACGAGUUAGACUCAAUACCGGUCGAUUCCUCGAAUGUGUCUGGUGAUACAGAACCUUCCCUGGCAGAAAAAGUCGUCCAAGGGAAUGCAACUGCUGAAGCAGUAGAUAAUGAGGGGUUGCCUUUGAAUGAUAACAAUGGAACUGAGGUUGAGAAGGCAGAUACUAGCAGUGAAGAAACCGGAACUACUGAUGAAGACGUGGAUGCAUCAAUUGUUGAGAAUUUGGGAGAAGUUCAAGAUGAUCUGAUUGAUACUUCUGAUUCGUCCACCCACUUGGAAGAGAAACAUGUUCGCACAGAUGUGGAAACUCUUCCUGAAAUACAAACUGAAGGAAGCAUGGAAGAUGCUGCAGCAGAAUGAUAACUGUACAAUUAAACAAGUAGUGUGUUUAGUUUUCGUGAUGAGUUUUCACACUUCCGUUUACUAUUAUUCAGUUUCACAAAUGUGCAAAAUUCAUAAGCUGUAGACCAUAUUAAUGUUGCAGGCAUAAUAUAGGCAAGAGUGAAGGGCUCCAACUUGUAUAAUCGUUUCUACUUUCUAGCCUCUUUAGAACAAAGAGUGUCUUCCAUUUUUCUGUUUAAUCUAUUUUCUAUAUAGAUUGUGCUUCUGUUACAAAACUUGUGUAGUGUAUUGGAACAGAUAUGCUAUGUUUUGACUUAGUGGCUUGAA